AUGUGGCGUUUGCUUGUGGCCUGCUGGGGGGCCUUCUUCCUGUCUGGGCAAGCCGCACGUCGUCAGAUUCACUUCUACACCUUCUCGGAUACGAUCCCACAUCCCGGGCUCUGCGUGCUGGCAGAGGCCACUGUCGAGCUUGGCGGAGUCCUCCGUGUUAUGGGCCUCAGCAAAAGGCCCGGAUACAUCUUGAUCCACAACCACUCGCCUACCCUGAAGUUUCUCAUGCUCCAAGAGGUCUUGGAGUAUGAGGUCAGCAAAGGGCGCAUUGCUUCCGAUGACAUCGUCAUCUUUGCGGAUGGCCAUGAUGUGCUACUCCAGCAACCUUUGGCUGACAUCAUGGCAGCCUACAACCGCUGGCCAGGCUCGCCAUACCUCAUCUCCGGUGAGCGAAACUGUUGGCCUUGGCCACAUACGGAUCCGUCCCACGGGGCCUGGGAUCUAGCGGAUUGGGCUCGUUUUGGGAACAUCUCAUGGACCAUCAACCGAUGGAUCAAGUUUAGACCGGAGGACUUCUGUCGGAUGAUCAGGGCAGAGGGCCCUUACCCGUUUCCGAAUAUUGGCCUUUCCAUGGGACCGGCUUCGAGAGUGAUCGAGGUCUUGCGGAGGAACAACCAAAUCGUACUGCAGGAGGACGUGAAUGAUCAAGGUGCCAUGUGGUUGGUCAUCAUGCGACAUGCGCUGGAACUGAACAUCCAGAUAGAUCAGCACGCCGAGGUCUUCAUGAAUAUGCUGGAGUACAAAGCUGGAGAACUUGAGCGAGAGCCCUGUAACAACGGCUGGUUUCGAGGUCCUGGAGCAAGGGGGACCCCGAAGAACUUGGUGACCAACACCACACCCGGCCUGCUCCACUUCAACGGCCCCUCUCACGAGGACGACGUGUGGCCCACCUGCUUCCACACGAUGAACAAUCAGUUCCGUAAGCGUGGUGUUGGCCAUGCAUUCUUCGACGUAGACCACAACAUGAUGGUAGCUACAGAUUACAUCUGCGAUUACAGCUACUACAACAUCCACAAUUUCCAUGCUCAUCCAUUGAGCAGCCACGCACUUCAGUUUCUGGAGGACUUCUAUCGCAUCCCUGUGGAUCCGGGCUUGCUGGCGUGGCGUGGCGAAGGCUCGGCUGUGGAUGCCGUGCGGUUUGGCAAUGAGGCCGAGCUGCAUGCAAGCUCCCCGUUUCUGCACAAGGAGUUCUUGGCAACUCUGAGCUUUCAUUGGCCUGCCGCUAUGCAGCUUGGAACAGUCAUCGACUUCGUGCACUUACCCUGGAAGAAGCUGGCAGUCGUGAACUUCACAUCGCCCGUUGCCUGCCACAACUGCUUUCACUCCAUGACACUCGCCAGGGCGGCUAGGGCGGCUCGUGGAACCCCGAACAUGCUGAUCUCGGACUUCAAGCAAGCUUCACAUCAAGGAUUGGCGGAGAACUUGGCUCUCUUCCUCGAAAAAGCCAGCACCUUCGACCCCUUGCACAAGCCCCACGUGUUCUCUGAGGGUGCGGAGAUUCCUCUGUCCUUGGCCUGCGCCAGGUUUCUUCCACCAGAGAUUCUACCACCCCAAACCUUGGCAGCGCUUGCAGCAACAGAGGAUGCCAAGCCACGCACCAGAGAGAAUACGCUCAAGUUCGAGUUCCCACAAAAGCACUCAGAAAAGUCACUGGCGGCCCAAGUCGAGGUAGGCGGGACCCUGGCAGACAUUGACCAAGAUCUCCUCAACUGUGUGCACGUUGGACCCUCUGCAGAAAUAGAUGAAAUAGACCCCAAUAUCUUCAAUAGAUGUGAGGUUUGCUCAAUUUAUAUUAAUAUGAGUUCCAUAUCUGCCACAGUUCUGCAGCCAAUCCAAUGUUUUCAAUUCUUGUCAAGGGCUCACUGUACUACCUUGGUACUACCCUGUACUUCCCAAGGGGACGGUGGCGUCAUGGUGUUCCGCUUGUGA